AUGACACGGCUGGUAGUGAGCCGCGCAUCAAUGACUUGGAUCGUUUCUACUCUUUCGUCAUGUGCUCUACUCUUGCCCAGUCUGCUUCAUCCUGGUUGGCUGCAGCGCAUUGACACACCAGAAACACGAAAGCUGGCAGUCUGUCCAGCAAAUCGGCGUCUUCUAGUAGCUGGUUUUUCCUCAAAGAUAGCCAAAACUCUUGUGACUAGCGAAAGGGUAAGGGACAUUUCUUUUGGCCUAGGAACGCCGAUUGGAACCAAUGAAUUCAAGGAAUCACAGGCGCUAUUGUCUACAACGCACUCAAUAGGACCUUUCACUCGGUGUCAGUUGGCCUGCGACAGUGUCUCUGCCAGCCGGCACGUAAUGCCGGCUAACAACCAACCUACCUGGUCCCAUUCGAACCAUCCUGUACCUCAAAAUAUGCAAAAUACUUGGCAACAGGAGGACUUAACCACUGGUGAGGUGGAUUCCGAUGAACAAGGCAGAGUUGUCUGUCUGACGGCACUGGUUGGAUUCGGACGACGACCCGCUCUCGGUAACGCAUUGGCCUGGAGCGCAGCAUUCACUCUACUUCUGGCACUAUGCCUGCUUGUUGUUGCCGCUUGUCUGGCUGUUACUAGUAUUGCGAAGCGUGAAGUCUGCGAACGAAGCAUCUUCAGUAUAACUGGAGUACUCCAAUGUAUCGCUGGUGAGUUCGAGAACUAUAAAAUCAUUGUCCUUGUCCUAGACUGUUUCUACUUUUGGAGAUAG